UGCACGCGCAGGCUGUCCGGUGCACUCUGCUGAGCGAGCUCGUAUCCCCGGCCGGCUUCCCGCCUCUCUAAAAAUGUUCUGUAUCUGCGGUUCCGGGAGUGGAAACCGAAACGCGCGUGCGCUGCUGCUUCCGCGCCACGGAGUGCUUUUCCUUAAGAGAGCAGGAGUCACUUUGUAGGUGCAGGCCUGGUGUGGUCUCCAAAGUGACAGAACAAUGCAGAAGGACAGUGGCCCACUGGUGCCUUUACAUUAUUUGGGAUUCGGCUACGCAGCCCUGGUUGCCACCGGUGGGAUUAUUGGCUAUGCCAAAGCAGGUAGUGUGCCAUCCCUGGCUGCUGGACUCUUAUUCGGGGGCCUAGCAGGCCUGGGCGCCUACCAACUGUCUCAGGAUCCCAAGAAUGUGUGGGUUUUCCUAGCUACAUCCGGGACCUUGGCCGGCAUUAUGGGGAUGAGAUUCUACAACUCUGGGAAAUUUAUGCCUGCAGGGUUAAUCGCAGGAGCCAGUUUGUUGAUGGUUGCCAAAGUUGGGAUGAGUAUGUUGAGUUCACCCCAUCCGUAGUCGCCAUAUCCCUGCGUGGGCUCAUGAGGAGUUGAAACUCUCCAGACCGCCACAUUACAAUGUUGAAGAGAUAAGUGUAGCCUAUUUACAUAGUCCGACAUUCUACCAAGGCCUCCACUGAGCACACUGAGGCAGAGAUGCGCUGUUACUGGGGCGGCCUUUCAGAGGUGGCGAGCAUUCCAACCUCGGAGCUCAUGCUACGUUCCUGCGGCUUUGUUUGUUGUUAUGUCUCACCUUUCUGUACAAGUAGACAAAGGGG